UAAUUUGACACAAUUUUGGAAAAUCGAACAAAAUGCCUUCGUGUAAUAUAUAUAGAUUUUUCAUUGUAUUGCUGUUAGAACCUUUACUCGACUAUCUACCAAAAACCAUAAAUACAGAAUACAAGUGCAUAUAAAACAAAUACCAAAUAAGCCUAAUGAUUUGUAUGCGACAGUAGUUUUAACUAUUUUAGAUAUAACUUUCUUCGAAACAAGAAAUAUUGUAUUGCUUUUAACAGAGCGCAAUACUGAAAUUCAUUUGCAAUAUCCUAUUUAUCGCUUGCCGAUUAACAUGUGAACAACUUUGUAUUCUUUUUACUACUUGUAGAUACAAUAAAAGUUUCUGGUAAAUGCCAAUGAACGGACCCGGCGAUAUUCCUUUGAAUGAUAAUACCAGUAGCACACCCGACCCAAAAGCUUGCAGUAUAAUAUCCGUUAUUCCAACACUAGGCAUGUCAUCAUGUCGUGGUAGAGCGGAGGCUUUCGCGCGUAGUUUAUCCUCCAAAUUGCGUACAUUGGGCACACAGAACGACGAUGGCGCGCUGUCGCAAGAAGAAGAAUCGAUAAUAAAUGAAAACAACGCAGCUAACACAUGGCAAACUACAAAUGAUGCUGAGCAGACAGUCACAGAUCUGCAGCCAUUACGCCAUGAAUCGGACUCCUUCUUUGAUUUCGAUUGUGAGCUGGAAAGUCCUGGCAGCCCAGCCGAUGAGUGUGAAUAUUUACGACUGAUAGAAACCGCAUCUAAUACACCACACAAUUCGGCAGCUGAAUCGGGCUACAUUUGCGCAUCGACCUCGAGCAGUCGGGGUUCAGCCGACGCGCCAUACUUUGAGCAUAUACAUCAUGAUGAUGAUGACACAAUCGAUGGACCAGGAUGUGCGCCCACACUACACAAUGGCUACAGCACAAACGAAAGCAAACAUCAUGAAGAGCAUGACGAUACAUCUUUAGUGACAAGCAAGAGUCUAGAAGAUGCUGAUAAUGCAGCGGAUACAACAACAGCAACAGCGGAUACAACAACAGCAACAGCGGAUACAACAGCAACAACAGCCAUAACGGAACUGCAAGAGGAACAACUGGUGGCGCCAGCGAAUGCUGAUAAGAGCCCCACAUCUUUAGACCUUGUCUCUUUACAAGAUGAAAUAAUCAAUGAACUGCAAGAACAUAGCGCGCGCAUCGGCAAUUUAAUUGAGUCUAUGCAGACACAAGCAAACACUGAAAUCAAUACUGUGCCAGAAAUCACACAAUCACACCUCUUGAAUGGCAAAACGGAUGAAGAAACUUUACCACAUGAAAACCUUGACAAUUUAAAGCAAUUGGAUAUCGAAGGGACGACGACGUCCGCGACAACGACUGAACCAAUUAACAAAGCAGAAAAAAACGCCCAAAACGAAGUACAAAUAGGGUUAGACACAUACGAGUCCGCCCGUACAAGCAUUCAGGAACAAGUAGCUGACGCAAAUCAUAAACAAAAUGAUGCCAAAGCAGAAAAGUCCACAUUCGAUGGCCACGAUGACGACGAAGACGACUGUAGGCCACAGCGUGUGCGACGUUGCUCUUCGUUGAAGACGGGCAAGACACCACCCGGUACACCUGGGCGCAAAAAAAUCGUACGUUUCGCCGAUGUACUCGGCCUCGAUUUGGCCGACAUAAAAACCUUUCUCGAUGAAAUACCAACUAUACCAAAAUCUGCAUUUGAAGAUUUGGAAGUACUGGAAUCGGAACCACCCAUACAGCUGGGACCAAAAUCCGACAAGCUGCUCAUGCCGCUAUUUCAACAGCCUGGUGGCCUGCCGAAAUUUCUCGAUCGUGUACGCGAAAAGCAGGUGUCCCUGGAGAAUGCAGCGGUAACAGAUCACAUCAAUCAAACAAUUACCGGCACUGUGCGUGUACGCAAUUUGGACUUCAACAAAUCGGUACACAUACGAUACUCGUUGGAUAAUUGGCGCAGCUAUGCUGACCUGCAGGCCAACUAUGCGGAGAAUUCAUGUGAUGGUUUCUCUGACAAAUUUACCUUCUUUCUCUUUGGCAAUUCAUUGCAAAUUGGUCAGCGUAUAGAGUUUGCGGUACGUUUUCAAUGUAAAGGACAACAGUUUUGGGAUAAUAAUUAUGGUACGAACUAUUGCUUCCAAUGCUUGCCAGCGUCAACGCCCAUCAGCACAAAUCAUACACAAGCCAUACAUGUGCAGACGACACUGAGUCACUCAGUUGGUCUAUUUAGUCCAACAGUUGGUGAGACAUGGUGCAGCUCCUUCUAUUAGUGAUUUGAAAAAAAAAAAACAAAAAACAAGAAAUGUUGAUAAUUAAAAAUUAAUUUGUUAAUAAUAACACUGCGUAAUAGUGAAAAUAACUAGUGACAUGGAACGGCACAAAGCGCAAUUUGUGAGUGGGGUGGAGUGUGAUAAAAAAUUGGUGUAUUCGAAAUUCUAAGUAGUUCUGAAGGACUUGGACUGCAAGUGAAAACUAACUUUUCUGGUAAUAGCAUAAGGAUUUGGCUCACAAUAGUAAAGUCUUUAUAAGAGCCAGCAAAAAAAAAAAAUCAUAAAAUAUUUGCCAGAUAGGAUAGGGGUAUAGUAUAUUCGCCUAAACUGAAAAAUACCUCGAAAGUCUCGAAACUUUGAAUGAACUCUUAAAUUGUAAAUGAAAAAUAAUUUUAAAGUUUAAAUUUUGGAGCCUAUGGGAAUGAAUUCAAUAGUAUAUAAAUUAAUAGACAUCGCUAGCUAAGAGUGAAAAGUUGCUAAGUCCACUUUUUGUGAAGGCGCAGAUAAGGCCCUUGUUUUAUUUUUUCUCGUUCAUAAAUAUUCGAUGAAAGACAAAUUUGUUAAUUCCAAAAGAGGCACUGGAAAUCCGAUAAGGCCAUAAUAAUACGAAAUACUGAAAUACAAAUCGAAUCCCUCCGAUUCUUAUGGAUUUUUAUGGAUAUAGUAAAAUUGCGUUUUUAGUUUUUCUCUCUGACCUUAAGAUUUUUUUAAAGGACUUUGAAAUUUGAAAAAUAGGAUUACUUCAAAAAAUUAUUUAAAAAAUUCAGUGCAAUCUAAAAAAAUUGUAUGGGUACCAAAACUAUCUAGAAUUAAAGCAUAUUAAAUUUUUUGGUGCAUAAGGACGUGUAGAUAUUGAAAAUAUUCUUUUAAAAUUUGAUCCUUGAAUAA